AUGGCGCGCGUCUACGCAGAUGUCAACUCCAACAUGCCCCGCAGCUACUGGGACUACGACUCGGUCAACAUCAGUUGGGGAGUCCUGGAAAACUACGAGGUCGUCCGCAAGAUUGGCCGCGGAAAGUACUCGGAAGUUUUUGAGGGCAUCAACAUUGUCAACUACCAGAAAUGUGUUAUCAAGGUCCUGAAGCCUGUUAAGAAGAAGAAGAUUAAGCGAGAGAUCAAGAUUCUUCAGAAUCUUGCCGGUGGACCCAAUGUCGUUGCGCUGCUUGAUGUUGUGCGCGAUUCGCAGAGCAAAACGCCCUCCCUCAUCUUCGAAUAUGUCAACAAUACCGACUUCCGUAAUUUAUACCCCAAGUUCAACGACCUCGAUGUCCGCUACUAUAUUCUUGAGCUCCUCAAAGCUUUAGAUUUCUGUCAUAGCAAGGGAAUCAUGCAUCGCGAUGUCAAGCCACACAAUGUUAUGAUCGAUCACGAAAACCGCAAGCUCCGUCUUAUCGACUGGGGUCUUGCCGAGUUCUACCAUCCUUCGACCGAGUAUAACGUGCGAGUCGCAUCCCGCUACUUCAAGGGUCCGGAACUGCUAGUCGACUUCCAGGAGUAUGACUACAGUCUUGAUAUGUGGAGUCUUGGGGCCAUGUUUGCGUCCAUGAUCUUCCGCAAAGAGCCCUUCUUCCACGGCCAGAGCAACACCGACCAGCUCGUCAAAAUCGCCAAGGUUCUCGGCACUGACGCGCUCUUUGAGUAUCUCGACAAGUACGAGAUUGAGCUCGACGCCCAAUACGACGACAUCCUCGGCCGCUUCCAGAAGAAACCCUGGCACAGCUUCGUCACCUCGGAAAACCAGCGCUUCGUGUCCAACGAGGCCAUUGACUUCCUCGACAAGCUACUACGCUACGAUCACCAAGAACGUCUGACCGCCAAAGAGGCUCAAGGUCACGCCUACUUUGACCCCGUCCGCGAUCCUGAAGUCUUCAAGCAAAACCUCGCCAACGCAAACAGCGACGGGUCGUACAAGACCUCUUGA